AUGUCCUCCGCCACCACCGUUCGAUCCCUUCCUCUCCUCGCCGUCAUUUCCCUCCUCCUCCUCCUCUCUCCCGUUCUUGCCUUUGACGCAGAUCACAGGUUGAUUGAUGUUCAUGGAUCGAGUCUCAAUUUCGCAAAUGACAGUUUAUACAUUGCAUUGCGAAAGUAUCGACAAGAUGAACCCGUUAACCUUUGGGUAAAUAAAGUGGGUCCUUACAACAAUCCACAAGAGACAUAUAACUAUUACAGCCUUCCAUUUUGCCGUCCAUCUGCCAAUGAUGCUACACACAAAUGGGGUGGCCUUGGUGAGGUCCUUGGUGGAAAUGAGCUUAUUGAUAGCCAAAUUGACAUAAAGUUUGGGAAGAAUGUGGACAAAGGUCUUAUUUGUCAGCUUGAACUUGAUGAAGCAAAGGUCAAAAAAUUCAAGGAUGCAAUUGAGAAUAGUUAUUGGCUCGAAUUCUUUGUGGAUGAUCUGCCAUUAUGGGGUUUUGUUGGUGAGUUGCGUCCUGACAAGAACAGUGAUAAUGGCAAGCAUGUCCUUUUCACGCACAAGAGCAUCACUAUCAAAUAUAAUAAAGACCAGAUUAUUCAUGUCAAUCUUACACAAGAUAAUCCAAAGCCCCUUGAAGCUGGGAAAAUAUUGGACAUGACAUAUUCUGUCAAAUGGAGUUCGACUAAUGUCAGUUUUGCACGUCGCUUCGAUGUUUAUUUGGACUACCCCUUCUUUGAGCAUCAGAUCCAUUGGUUUUCCAUCUUCAAUUCAUUCAUGAUGGUUAUCUUUCUCACCGGUUUAGUGUCAAUGAUUUUGAUGCGGACUCUUAGAAAUGACUAUGCAAAAUAUGCUCGGGAAGAUGAUGAUCUGGUGGAGUCUCUGGAAAGAGAUGUUAGUGAGGAGACUGGUUGGAAACUUGUUCAUGGGGAUGUUUUCCGUACACCUCGCAGUUUGGUUCUUCUCUCAGCUGUUGUUGGAACAGGUGCUCAGCUAGCAAUGCUUGUGCUUCUUGUCAUCUUGAUGGCAAUUGUUGGAACGUUGUAUGUCGGGAGAGGAGCAAUUGUCACUACUUUCAUAAUAUGCUAUGCUCUCACAUCAUUCAUUGCUGGUUAUGUGAGCGGAGGGAUGUAUUCUCGCCAUGGAGGUAAAAAUUGGAUCAAGUCGAUGAUUCUCACUGCUUGUCUAUUUCCAUUUAUGUGCUUUGGGAUUGGAUUUAUCCUGAACACAAUUGCCAUAUUCUAUGGGUCUUUAGCAGCCAUUCCCUUUGGCACCAUGGUAGUAGUUUUUGUAAUUUGGGCUUUCAUUUCCUUCCCUCUGGCUCUUCUUGGCACUGUUGUUGGAAGAAAUUGGAGUGGUGCCCCCAACAAUCCUUGCCGUGUGAAAACCAUUCCCCGUCCAAUUCCUGAGAAGAAAUGGUACCUUACACCAUCUGUGGUCUCGAUGAUGGGAGGACUUUUGCCCUUUGGCAGCAUAUUCAUUGAGAUGUACUUUGUCUUCACAUCCUUCUGGAAUUACAAGGUGUACUAUGUAUACGGCUUUAUGUUGCUUGUUUUCCUGAUACUCAUUAUUGUUACAGUUUGUGUAACAAUUGUGGGAACAUAUUUCUUGCUUAAUGCGGAGAACUAUCACUGGCAGUGGACUUCAUUCUUCUCUGCUGCAUCAACAGCUGUUUAUGUGUACUUGUACUCAAUAUAUUACUACUACGUGAAGACUAAGAUGUCCGGCUUCUUCCAGACCAGCUUCUAUUUUGGAUACACUUUGAUGUUCUGUCUUGGAUUAGGAAUUCUCUGCGGAGCUGUUGGUUAUCUAGGAUCUAAUUUGUUUACUCUGGUUAUGGGACUCAACAAUGCAACAGAUGAAACAGGGUUUUGGGAUGGGGGAUGUAUGCUUCUUUCUAUGGACCAAGGGAAGCCCCGAAAUGUUUUUAGGUUUUCUUCCCCGGCUAGGUACGUUGAGUGCAAUUUUGUCUGGCCCUGGUCGACAUGUGUAGUUUUAAGUCCCGAAGACCAUCAAUUUUGUGGCCUGUUUUCCCAGAUGAAGGGUUUGAAGAACGAUAGGGUUUUCACAGUUGAAGAGAUUAGACCGAUGGUGUUCACAUCCACAGAUGUGGCGUUCGUAACAUGA